UCCAAAGAGGGCAGGACUUGUGGAGCAGGUCCCAGUGAAGUGUGCAGUGUGCCGGGUCGUCACAGAGGAGGUUUAGGGUCAUGAUGGCGUUACAUCUUCUGCUCGCCAUGGCGCUCACCAUCGGUUUGGUGGAUCCCUUGUGUGCAAGCGGGACAGAGCAGAAGCAAACAGAACCAACACCAGUCCGGAACAUUCCAUCUUCCAGCCGGUACCUCACAAGCUCAGGUCCUACAAGACUCGGUCUCACGGGUCCAACAAGACCCGGUCUCACAGGUCCGACUGGACCCGGUCUCACCAAUCCGACAAGACCCGGUCUCACGGGUCCGACAAGUCCCCGUCUCAUGGGUCUGACAAGACCCGGUCUCACGGGUCCGACAAGACCCGGUCUCACGGGUCCGACAAGUCCCGGUCUCAUGGGUCUGACAAGACCCGGUCUCACCAAUCCGACAAGACCCGUUCUCACGGGUCUGAUAAGACCCGGUCUCACGGGUCCGACAAGUCCCGGUCUCAUGGGUCUGACAAGUCCGGGUCUCACCAGUCCGACAAGACCCCCUUCUUUUGAGGACCAACUGAACCAGAUCCACAAGGACCUGGAGAACCAAACCCAGAACUUUGUGUCUGAAGAUAAAGAGAACUUCCAGGACUAUGAGGACCACCUACCAGAUGGGUGUCGAGAAGACGAUCUGGUGGAAGCGAGUCACGCCGUGUGUGCUUCUACUUUCUACCAGCAGAUGGAGCACCUGAGGCCUGAUGAGCGUUGUGUUCUGGACCAGGUGAUCGGGGCGUACAAUGACAUGACGGUGUGCUUGGAGGCGUUGUCCCGCUGGGCCGGAUGUUUCUAUCCCAACAGCAAAGUCCAGGACUUGUUCUUGCUGGUCCACUCCAGAUUCUUCCAGGAGUGUUCCUUGCAGGAGCGCCCCCUGGAGGACGCCCCACACGGUCUGGCGGUGGCUCUGACGCUGGCCACCGUCAGCAUCAUCCCGGUCCUGGUCUACAUGGUGGGCUGGAGGAGCGGCGUGGGCCCCGCUCGCUAACUCAAACUUCCUCUUCAGCUCCUCCAAAUUAAAAGCUUCCUCAGACGUGAA